AUGCAAAUGGUCAAGGAUGUUCUAGCCAACAGUGAUAAAGUUUCAGAGGUCCUACAAGAGUCUACUCAUCAGUUCAACCUGCUUACUUCACCCACCUUCCUACCAAAGGUCAAGGAUCAAGGGAAAUUCACUCUCCCUUGCACACUUGGGCAUCUUGAGAUUGACAAUGCCUUAGUGGAUUCUGGAGCAAGCAUCAAUCUGAUCUCUCUCUCCAUGGCAGAGAAGCUAGGCAUUGCUGGAGCCUUGCAGCGCCCUACUACUUCAAUCAUGUUUGGAGAUGCAACUUCUAAGUCUCCUCUUGGAGUGUUCAAGAACUAUCACUUGAAAAUUGGAGAAUGCAUCAUCCAAACUGAUCUCACUGUGAUGGAAAUGGAAGAAGAGAAGGAUUUGCCUUGUUAUUGGGAACCCCUUUCCUUACCUAGAGGUUCAGACUUUUGUGCCACAAUUGACAGUACCAAUCUCAGUUCUAAGAGUCAUGGAGCUACAAAGGUUGUGAAGGAAAGGGUUGACAAGGAACCAAGAGUUGGGAAGGAUAAGGAUGAGAGAGGACCAAGGAUUGAGAAGCCACGUCUUGAGAGGGCUAGAGUUGAGAAACCACGAUCUGAUAGGCCAAGAGCUGAGAGACUUGUUCAAGCCCCUUGUGUGCUUGAUGAAGAGAGCCUUCAAGCUUUGUUUGAUGAGCCACUAGGAAGGGCUCUAAAGAAGGGGAGGAUGCAGCCUCUAAGGCAAGACCAGGAGAUAAAAGAAAGGAUCCACCAGCUCAGGCCCCUUCAGUCAAGCCAUCUCAGCUCACAAUGA